ACUCAGAGCUGCAUCUCAGGCUGCAGAAAAUAGAGGACAGGCAGUGAGACUGCCAGGCUUUUUUUGCGAUUGUCUGUCAAAGUCUAACUGUCGGCGGGCAGCCUUUGCGUUAGUCGCGCUGGCAAGCCUACUUCAUUCCAUUCGCACAGGUCGUCCGAACAGGACGCUUCGUUGCCCACGUCCGCAUCAUCCUCACAGCAGAGGACAAGACGGUAGCACACACCUCUUCCCCACGCGCAUCCAACAUGGUCAGCAGCAACGCGCGUCAGGCGGUUAGGCUUGCGGCAGCGCUGCUGCCGAUGCUUCUGGUGCUUGCGCCCAUCGGCCGGGCUGUCCGGUCCUCGACCGAGUCCAGGUACUCACGGUUCUUCUUCUCCGCCACCACAAACGAGGUUGACGGCUGCAUCACCAAGUGGUCCCUGAACAUGCUGGGCCUACUGACGGAAAACACUGACCAGACCGCGGGCCUGGACCGCUAUGCCGCUGUGACGGGCUCCGUCAGCCGCAGCGGCGCCAACUGCCUCCAGCCGACCAGCCGCAGCAUCGACUCAUCUGUUACGGUCUCGCCCACGGCCGGCUUGCAGAAAUUCAAUGUCGGGUACAACGCCAGCCACAUGACGCUGAGGGGCCUCGUCAACGUCAGUUACACCUGUGAGGUGUUCGGCGCGGACUGCGGGUGGUUCCGUGGCGGCUUCACCGUUGACGCGGACUGCAGCGUUUUCCUAUAUGCCUCGCCUAAGACCACAACCGUGGAGUACACUGGCAGCACGAAGGUCACCACCAGCAGCAGCUUCGCCAACUGCGGCAUUUCCGCCCCCGGGCUGGCGUUCAACCCGAGCCCUUACAUCUCUCUGAGGUACGGCGACUUGGUGCUGGACUGGACCAAGCUGGUGAGCAUCGACAACGUAGCAUUUGUGUCCUACUACACCAAGACUUUCAUCAUGGAUGCUCCAGCCCACCGCCGUGUGCUGGCGUGAGUGGGCAGGGGGACGCUCCGGGUGCGUCGUAUUUUAUUAUCAAUCACACACCUCUCGUGCAUCUAUGGAAGGCGCCAGCCAUACGGCAUGUACACAUAUUACCCCGCAUAAAUCGAGGGAAUGUGUCGCAGACCGUACGCAUGCUGGCCUGGGGCUGCUGGGCGGGGGGGUUGGCGGCUCCGCAUCGGCAGUCGGGUCUAGGUCGGGGGCUAAGUGGUUGCGAAAUGCUACGUCAAUUGCCUUAUGUACAUGGCUGCACGCACGCAGUAGCUUCCAUGAGGGGUAUCCGUGUUGCCUAGGCAAGCUUACUUAUUUAUAUGGGAGGGCGCGGCCAUGCAGCCUGUCAUGCAAUGAAUCCUACAAGUGCCGUGACAAGUUUUGCCUGUUUAUUUCCAAGCGGCGCAAGAAUGUGCACUGGCGCUGGAGGUGUUGUGAUGUGUACGUGUGUAUACGUGAAGCUGACUGGGGCAUUAGAAAUAUGGCGUGGGCGUGCAGUCCUUGGCGUGCUGUAUGUGAUGGCGUGUGGUGUGGUGGGGCUGUGGUGGCGUGUGUAAUACCGGUAUGCCCCGCUAUGGACGUGCACGGCAUUGUAAGAUUUUGGCCAGUGCUGGGGCUUGCGUAAGUACUGUUGUUCAUGUGAGGUAGCGGAUGCCAGAGGCAAACGGGACAGUCACCGGAUCAGAAUCUUGAAGUUGGACCACUGGCGUCAUUUUGCAGUUGGUGUGAAUCAAAAAGGGACAGGCCAGUUGACUUGUAUGAAUGCAAGCGAGCGUGACCAGAUGACCGGCUGCUGUUUGUAAGUUGCCAAGCAUGGAGCCUGACGGAGCAUACACAGGGACUGCGGUGACGGUGCGGUGCGGUCAGGGCUCCUAUCUUAAUGUCUCCAGACAUUAAUCGGCCGUUUUGGCCGUUUCCUAGACAUUCCUUCCGGGGGCUAUUGUCCGGGGCGAGACUUUGUUGGCCCGGGUUUGGGACCGGUUUUGUCCGAAUUCCUAUGGA